GAGCUCUCUGACGACUGUUAUCGAGAUAACGCGGUUUUUAGAUAAAUAACGAAGAAGCGAUUCCUGUACCAGUAUUACAGAAGAAUUGUCAACUGGUACCCCUCCAGUGUUUUAGUACGCCGUAGGCAUUGACUUGCCCGUACCAUCCUCCGCAAACUUGGUAAUCUACAAGCACACGUGGCCUUCCUCCCUCACUUAAUCGGAGACGAUCGUGGCUGAAGUCAAGUUGCUGAAGUGCUGAUAGUGUGGAUUCGGGCCUUUUCUGAUUGCCUCACUGACAUGCUGCUAUUAUGUACGAAAGCCAAAGACCCGCGCCGCAAGCCACCAACCAUGAAAUGAUGGUACUGAUCAACGCCCCAUCCAUCUAUGAACAAGAUGUCGAGCAAGAUGUGCGGCAUUGCCGAUUCAUCCACACAGCCAGAUCGUACGGGGCCCACAUGCGCAGUGUUAAGAGACCAGCUACAAGAAUCUGGCAGGUGUACCGAUUACACCCUCCUUGCUGGAAACGAUAUUCAUAGGGCUGGCUUCGCAUCAAGCAGGCAGUGUCUCGAGCGGAGCGUCAGAAAGAGAACCGUAUGGCUCUUUUGGGGGACGUCGCUUCGUAGACCUUUCCUCUCAUUUACGCUGAUUACACUAACUUCUAUCACUUUUCUGUCCCAAAGCCUUUGGAGGGACGAGCAGGCUUGUAUAUGAAGUCACUCAGCUAUCUUGCAACCUUUUGAAGGGAUUA